GUCCUGGGAAAAGAUCACCCUGAUGUUGCCAAACAGUUAAAUAACUUGGCUUUAUUAUGCCAGAACCAAGGUAAAUAUGAGGAGGUUGAAUACUACUAUCAGAGGGCGCUGGAAAUUUACCAGACUAAGCUGGGACCAGAUGAUCCAAAUGUUGCAAAAACAAAGAAUAACCUGGCCUCCUGCUAUCUAAAACAGGGCAAAUUUAAGCAAGCGGAAACUUUAUACAAAGAGAUUCUUACUCGCGCUCAUGAACGGGAGUUUGGCUCUGUAGAUGAUGAAAACAAGCCUAUCUGGAUGCAUGCGGAAGAGAGAGAAGAAUGCAAAGGAAAGCAAAAGGAUGGCACUUCCUUUGGAGAGUAUGGUGGCUGGUACAAAGCUUGCAAAGUUGACAGUCCAACAGUAACAACUACCUUAAAGAACCUUGGGGCACUUUACAGACGACAGGGCAAAUUUGAAGCUGCUGAAACAUUAGAAGAGGCAGCAAUGAGAUCUCGUAAACAGGGUCUUGACAAUGUUCAUAAACAGAGAGUUGCUGAAGUGCUGAAUGACCCUGAGAGCAUAGAAAAAAGGCGAAGCCGGGAAAGCCUCAAUGUUGAUGUGGUAAAGUACGAGAGUGGUCCUGAUGGAGGCGAGGAAGUGAGUAUGAGCGUAGAAUGGAAUGGGGAUGGCACUGGAUCUUUAAAGCGCAGUGGUUCCUUUAGCAAACUGCGGGCUUCCAUUAGACGCAGCAGUGAGAAGCUGGUUAGAAAGCUGAAGGGAGGAAGUUCACGAGACAGUGAACCAAAGAAUCCAGGCAUGAAGCGUGCCAGUUCUCUGAAUGUUCUUAACAUGGGUGGCAAGGCUACUGAAGAUCAUUUUCAAGAACGAAAUAAUUGUCUGACAGACUCGAGAGCUCUGAGUGUCAGUCAUACUGAUUUGGCGCAUUGAGAUUCUUGGACAGAAGCUAGCUAAUACUCCUUUGUGAAUAAAGAAGCACUGAGACCUUCAAAGCUUUGGUUCCUCAUCGUUAUGUAUAGGAACACCUAGUUUAUAGAUUUUGUUGGCUUUUGUUUUUUUUUUUCAAUGGACUGCUGUUUUUACUUUUCUAAAUAGGGAUGAUUUUAAGCACAGCAUUAGUGGGUAUUCUAAAGGAGAACUAUAUAGAUAUAUAUUGCUCAUUGCACUUCUCCCAUUCAUGCUACUUACGUUGAUUUCUUUCAUAGAUCUGAAUAUUACAGCAGCCAAAAAAAAAAAAGUAAAAAUACAAACAUAUUUAAAGCAUACCAAAAUG